CAAUUUACAAAUACGUCCUUUCUUACCCUAUCUUUUCGGUUUAUUUUAUUUAUAUGAACUACUUCUUCACAUAAUUUUCCUGCGCGACCAAGUUUCGCGCUACAAGGCUCUGUCUUCAUUUUCAUCCUUUGUCUUGUAUCGAACUGAAUUUGGUAUAAGUCUUAAAGAGCCUGGUCGAGGCUGAUCUAGACCAUAUACCCCUAAAUUCAUUAGCUAUGGCAAACCAUCAUCCUUCACCUCAGAUGGCGAUGCAAAUGCAGCAUCACGGUCCGCCCGUGCCUCCUCCCCCUCCCCCUGGCCCAGCUCAAGGCGCUCAAUGGGCACCUUCGCGCCAUAUCGUAGCGGUUAAUGAAGCCCUAUGGAUGCAGAUUGGAAGUUUCUCUGAACUUCUUGGCAACCUGGACGAUGCCAUGAUCGCAUACGAGCACGCGUUAGCCGCGAAUCCUAACUCGAUUCCUGCAAUGAACGCCAUUAGUCUGAUUCUUCGGACUAGAGAGGAUUUCCAUAAGGCGGUUGAAUAUCUGCAGGCUAUACUAAAGAUAGAUGGCAAUAACGGAGAGGUUUGGGGUAGCUUAGGUCACUGCUAUCUCAUGAUGGAUGACUUGCAACAAGCAUAUGCUGCCUAUCAAUCUGCCCUGGUUAACUUACCAAACCCCAAGGAACCUAAGCUAUGGUAUGGUAUAGGUAUUCUAUACGACCGAUACGGGUCACUUGACCAUGCCGAAGAAGCAUUUUCGCAGGUUAUGCAGAUGCAACCCGAUUUUGAGAAGGCCAACGAAAUUUACUUCAGACUGGGCAUUAUAUACAAGCAGCAGUCAAAGUAUGGCCCAAGCUUAGAGUGCUUCAAAUAUAUCGUAAAUUCUCCUCCUCCACCUUUGACUGAGGAAGAUAUCUGGUUCCAGAUUGGGCACGUACAUGAACAGCAAAAAGACUACGAUAGCGCUAAGGCUGCUUAUAUGCGAGUUCUUGAACGUGACCCGAAUCAUGCAAAGGUUUUGCAACAGCUUGGGUGGCUUCAUCACCAGCAAAGUAGCAGUUUUCAGACGCAGGAGCGUGCAAUCGAGUAUCUAGAAAAAUCUGUCGCCGCAGACAAUAAUGAUGCCCAAAGCUGGUAUCUCCUUGGUCGAUGUUACAUGUCACAGCAGAAAUAUCCCAAGGCAUAUGAGGCAUACCAGCAAGCAGUGUACCGUGAUGGGCGGAACCCGACAUUUUGGUGUUCCAUUGGUGUGCUCUACUACCAGAUCAACCAGUAUAGGGAUGCUUUAGAUGCAUACUCCCGAGCGAUACGCUUGAACCCGUACAUAUCUGAAGUUUGGUAUGACUUAGGUACAUUGUAUGAGUCCUGCAACAACCAGGUCGCCGACGCUCUGGACGCGUAUCAGAGAGCGGCUGAAUUGGAUCCUGCCAACCCGCACAUAAAAGCUAGACUUCAAUUGCUGAGGGCUGGCCAGGCGUCGGGAAAUCUCCCGCAAGCUGUACCCACCGACGUUCAUCCCCAAUCUUACGGAGCUCAAGGGCCGCAGGCUCCGUCUUGGACCGGCUCAGCAGCGCCCUUAGCGCAAUCCGGUCCCGGAGGUCCUCAUAGACCACCUCCCGGUCCUGCUGCGGCCAACGGCUGGGGUCAAAGAACAAGCGACAUCAACCCACCUCAGCCGCCCAAUCCCUACGACCAGCGGGAGCCCUUUCGUGGGCCGGCACCUCCACUCCCACGCCAGCCCAGCCCUCGACAGGAGAUGAGACAAUACGGCGAAUCGAAUCGCCCGGUCCCAGCACCGAUUCGUAGAGGCCCUUCCCCCGGCCCGCCUGCCCAAUACGCCCCUCCUCUCCCUGGGCCAUCACAACAGCCUCCCCCACCCGCCGCACAGGGGCCUGCCAGAGUCAAUAACCCUAAUUAUACGCCAGCGCCUGCCUCAAACAUGGGUCCCGCGAAUGGCCCGCCUAACGGCGCCCCGCCACCUCAUUCUCUAAUGCCUUACCGUAAUGGCUCCCCCCGCUCGGAGCCACGGCCAAUCCACGAUAACCGUAUGCCUUCUCCCAAGUCGGCUUACCCUCAGCACCAGCCUCCGUUCCCUCACCACCCGGAACCAGGAAUGCCUAGCAUGGAACCGGGUCCUCCUCACCCAAAAGGAGCUCUUGGAGCUAUUGGCCCUGAUUUGCACAGAGACCAUGAUCGACCGUCAUCGGUGGCAUCCAAAAGGAUGCGAGAGUGGGAAGACGAACCUGCCAUCAAGAAACCGGCUAAUGAUGAGAACCGGGCCCGAAUGGAAGAUAUUCGUCAUCGACGACCAUCAACACCUCCGCGUGACCCUCGUGACCCCCGUGAUCCUCGUGAUCCUCGUGAUCCUUAUCGUCGUUCCCCCGACGCCCAUCGCUUUGAGGAGCAAAGACGCAUGGAGGAACAGCGACGCGUCGAUGAUCAGAGGCGCGAAGAAAUGCGGCGUGCUGAAGAGCAGCGACACGAGAGCUAUCAUCCUUCGGAUGCUGCUCAUCACCCGCCGGCGCAUUCGAUGCCAAACCAUCUACCCCCAAUGCAGCAGGCUCCUCCUCCUAUGCAAGGGCUACUUCAUGAUGGCCCUCAGCCGAGCCCAGCCCCAAAGGACUACCCUCCACCCGACGAGCGGCAGAGGCUUGAGCACCCCGCUGCUCCUGCGCCGCCACAGAUAAGUGAACCGGAACGCGCUGCUAGAAAGAUGGAUGUUGACGAUGAUUAUGAUGACAGUGGGGAGGAGGAAAAGAAGGUUACUGUUAACGGUGCUACGUCGGGGCCUAGUUCGACUUCAGGGGACUUGAAGAACACGACGCCUACAAGUGCUAGCAUCAAUGGGAUAAUGGGACCUACUCCGAAGGCAGAGGGAAACGCUUGAGACGUGGUUUUAUCAACGAAUGCUGAAUGUCAAUACAUACCCCCUUUCAUUAUUACUCAGGAUUGUUUCAAUGCUAUGUAUAUCAAUUCUUAAGUUGGCGA